AAAAUGUUUUUUAAAUUGUUUAAAAAGAAAAAGAAAUCAAAUGAACAAUAUGAUAAUGAAUUACGGAGAACAGAGUCAACGUCGAGCUAUAUGCAAUCACGUAGAAAGAUUUACGUCAAUAUGAAGAUACCAGAAGAAGAUUAUAAAGAGCAGCAUUAUGUUAGUAAUCGAGUUAGAACAGCUAAAUAUACACCCAUUUCAUUCAUCCCAAAAAACCUAUUUGAACAAUUCAGAAAUGUAGCCAACCUCUAUUUCUUAUUCUUAGUCAUCCUACAAUGUAUACCACUCUUUGGUGUGACCGAGCCAGCGGUAUCAGCAUUACCACUUAUCGCCAUCUUAAUCAUCACAGCUAUCAAGGAUGCUUUUGAGGAUUGGAAAAGAAAUUCAAGUGAUGAUAAAGUGAAUAACUCAAAAGUAUUGAAACUAUCAAAUUGGAAAAAUGUGAAUAUACCUGAUAUCUCAAAGGGAUACUGGUAUUAUGUUUAUAUUCUAUUUGGAUCCAUCUCUUUAUUAUCUGGUUCAGAAAAUAAGUAUGCACACUAUUAUAGACAAAUCAAAAUAAGUAGAAAUAUUACCAAACGUGAACAACAAAAGGAGGAAGACAAGGUGCCGUUGAAUCAUACACCGAUACAACAACCUCAAAGAAUAUUGACAUCAGUUAGAAAACGAUCAGAUACGAUUAAAUCUGAAAUAUCGAGCAUAUUUAAUAGAAAUUCAAAUAAUUCAAGCCAAAACUUGUUACAAAAGAAACCCUAUUAUAGACCAGGCUCAAUACCCCAUUCUGUACUCUAUCGAAUUGAUUCUGCAGAUCCUAAUAGAGCAAAUCCAACUCAGCCUAUUCAAUUAAAGCAACAACCUGCAGAACAACCACAAGCAAAAUGGGAUUAUAUCAGAUGGAAAGAACUCAAUGUGGGUGACUAUGUAAAGAUUGAAAACGAUCAAGAUAUCCCUGCAGACAUUGUCAUUCUCUCCACUUCAGAAACGGAUAAUAUUUGUUAUGUGGAAACUCAAAAUUUAGAUGGUGAAACCAAUUUAAAACAGCGUCAAGGAUUGCCAGGAACUGCUGGCAUUCGAACUGAGCAAGACUGUGAACAAGCAAAAUUUUAUAUCGAGAGUGAACCUCCGCAUGUGAAUAUCUAUCAGUACAAUGGUGUCUUGCGAUGGCAGAUUGAUGUGAAUGAUACAGAGACAAUACGAUCUGGUGUAUCGCACGAAAAAGCGGAUGCAGUGACAUAUAACAACAUUCUCUUGCGUGGCUGUGUUUUAAGAAAUACCAAAUGGGCGAUUGGUAUCGUGGUCUAUACCGGAAGUGAGACAAAGAUCAUGUUGAAUACGGGUAGAACUCCCUCAAAGCGUAGUAAAAUGGCAAAGGCUACUAAUCCACAUGUCAUUGCCAACUUUGUUAUUUUGGCCAUCAUUUGUAUUAUCAGUUCCAUCAUGGACAGCGUUCAAUUUAACGGAAGCGGUUCUUCUCGAUACUUUGAUUAUAACAUUGAAGGUUCAAAUGCUACCUAUUCUGGAUUCAUCACAUUUUGGGUCACCCUUAUCCUGUACCAAAACAUUGUCCCUAUUUCAUUGUACAUUUCAGUCGAAAUCGUAAAGACACUUGCUGCCUAUUUUAUCUUUGCUGAUUUAGACAUGUACCAUGAGGAAACAGAUACACCUUGCAUCCCUAAAACAUGGAAUAUAUCGGAUGACCUUGGUCAAAUAGAAUAUAUAUUUUCCGACAAGACAGGCACCUUGACACAAAACGUCAUGGAGUAUAGGAAAUGCACCAUUAACGGCGUUUCCUAUGGCCUGGGCACUACCGAAGCCACACUUGGAGCACUCAAACGACAACAGAGCCAACAUCACCUGGAAAAAGAAACAGAGGCUGGUCUAAAUAUGCAAGAGUUUGGACAAGAUGAUUUCAUUGGCAACGAUCAAUUAGAACAGUACAAACAAGAGAUGUUUGCUAAACAAGCCCAGUUGUACGAGAACAAGUAUAUUGGGCCCAAUCCGACCUUCGUAGAUCCCAAGCUAUUUGACGACUUGGCGCAGGACACGAAGCAAGCGAUGGCGAUUGCUCAUUUUUAUCAGACCUUAGCCCUUUGUCACACCGUGAUUGCAGAGCGACCAGAUGAAGGCAAUCCAAAUUACAUCGAGUAUAAGGCACAAUCACCUGAUGAAGCAGCUCUGGUGGCAACAGCGAGAGAUUUAGGGUUUGUCUUCUUGGGUAAAGAGUCGAAUAAGCUUCUGGUUUGUAUCAAGGGAGAGAAGAAAGAAUUCGAGCUUCUCAACGUGCUUGAAUUCAAUUCUACAAGAAAGCGUAUGAGCGUGAUUAUCAAACCUAAAGACAGCGAUCGUAUCGUGCUGCUCUGUAAAGGUGCUGACUCUGUCAUCUAUGAACGUCUCUGUACGGAUUUUGGUGAUCAAAAAGAUCUUGAAUCAGAACAGCUUACUCUCCGAGAUGCCACCGCACGAGAUUUGGAAAUAUUUGCAAAUGAAGGCCUUCGUACCCUUUGUCUUUCAUACCGCUUUAUCUCUCCUCAAGAAUAUAAAUUAUGGAAUAGAAAAUACCAAGAAGCAGCAGCAAGCAUUAGCCAACGUGAAGAACGUAUUGAUGCUGUCAGUGAGGAGAUUGAAAAGAACAUGCUCUUGAUGGGUGGUACAGCCAUUGAAGACCGCUUGCAGUUGGGUGUCCCUGAAACUAUUGCUGAGUUGGCAAAGUCAGGUAUUAAACUUUGGGUGCUGACAGGUGACAAGACUGAAACAGCCAUAAACAUUGGAUAUGCCUGUAACUUGUUGACAACCGACAUGGAGCUCUUGGUACUUAAAGCCGAUAAUCGUGUGGAUACCAAUACCUUAUUGGACGAAACACUGCAAAGAAUAAAGACCGAAAAGAUUUCAGAAGACACAAGGUAUGCCCUCGUCAUAGAUGGUGUCACGCUCAAGUAUGCCUUGGAAGACGCAACAAAGGAUAAAGUACUUGCCAUUGGUAUGAACUGCGCCAGUGUCAUUUGCUGCAGAGUGAGUCCCAAACAAAAGGCCCAGGUGGUUCGCUUAGUGAAGAAGGGACUUAAGGUCAUGACGUUAGCCAUUGGUGAUGGUGCUAAUGAUGUCUCAAUGAUACAAGAGGCCAAUGUUGGCAUAGGUAUCUCUGGUGUAGAAGGACGUCAAGCUGUCAUGGCAUCGGAUUAUGCGAUUGCACAGUUUAGAUUCUUGAGGAAGUUAUUGAUAGUGCACGGAAGAUGGUCUUAUCUUCGAACUUCUGAAAUGAUCAUGGGUUUCUUCUACAAGAAUAUCGUUUGGACCUUUGUUCUGUUUUGGUAUCAAAUAUUCUGCCAAUUUAAUGGCAGUAUGAUCUAUGAAUAUGUACUUAUAACAUUAUACAAUUUGAUUUUCACUUCAUUACCUAUUAUCUUUUUGGGUAUCUGGGACCAAGACUUGAAUGCAGAGACUUCAUUAAAGUAUCCUCAACUCUAUCGUAUGGGACUACGAAAUGACAAAUUUAAAGUAUGGAGAUUCUGGCUCACUACCUUUGACUCUCUCUAUCAAUCAGCCGUCUGUUUCUUUUUCCCUUACAUGCUUCUUGUGGGUGGGCCUAUCGAUCCUAAUGGAUACGAUGCGAAUGGACUAUAUGAAAUCGGUACUAUUAUUUCCAGUAUCGCUGUCUGUGUGGCCAAUUUGUUUGUGGUCUUUUCACUCUACAGUUACACAUGGAUUCAAGUGCUCAUUGUUUCUUUAUCUAUUCUGGUCUAUUAUGCAUUUGUUGCAGUCUAUGCUCAAUUCAACACGUUUAUUUUCGGUGGACAUAUUCGUCUCUUUGGAAACGGCUUUUACUGGUUGACACUUAUUUUGACAGUGACAGCAUGUUUCAUUCCACGUCUUGUAGCAAAACAUUAUAUUCACCAAUACCGACCUUACGAUAACGAUAUCAUUCGCGAAAUCGAACUGGUCAUCAAUAAAAAAAGAGCCAUCAGUUAAAUAGAAGGAUGAUUCUUUGGAUAACAAAAAUAACCCCUUGUACUAAUAGCUUUAUUUAUUUUUGUACUUUUAUGAUAUAAAAUUACAUUAAAACUUAAUUCUUAACUUGUUAAAUAAAAUGAAAAUACUCUUGUCGUUAUGCUUCUAGCCCUGAGUGGUAGGUAAAAAGAUAUUGAUGGGUUCAGCCAAACAUGUAGAAAGAGUUACAAUCACAAUCUACAUUUACGAAAUAUUCUUUUCUGCCAACAGAAAUCAUGGUUAAAAACGCGCGAUUUACUCGUUCACCAGCUAUGGAUAUAACCAAUAAUGAAAAUUGCGGUUGCAUGUCGAUGAGCCUCUUUAUUGUAUAUUAAGAG